CAUGGCUGUGCUUUUGGAGAAAGAAAAAUGCUGAAUUGUCUUGGUAAACUUCGUAUAAAGAACAAAGCAUGGCGAGACUGGCAGAUUAUUUCAUUGUCGUGGGAUAUGAUCACGAAAAGGCCGGAUCCGGAGAAGGAUGCGGGAAGAUCAUCCAGCGCUUUCCUGGGAAGGACUGGGACGGCACGGCCUUCCCCCAGGGCGUGGAGAUGUUCUGCCAGCCUGGAGGGUGGAAGCUGUCCCGUGAGAGGAAGCAGCCCACCUUCUUCACUGUGGUGCUGACUGACAUUGACUCCAACAGACACUACUGCUCCUGCCUGACCUUCUUUGAGGCGGAGAUCAACCUGCAGGGAUCAAAGACGGUGGAGACAGAUGGGGAUGAAGAUGAGGAAGAGGAGGGGAACGGACUGAUCCAUCCCGCUCAAGUCUUUGCACCCAAAAGCCUUAUUCUGGUGUCCAGACUGGAUUUCCCAGAAAUUUUCCGGGGGUGCUUGGGCCUGAUCUACACAGUCUACAUCGACAGCCUUAACUUCCCCCUGGAGGGCCUGGUGGCUAAUCUCUUCACAUGCCUCGUGCCGGUGUCCGGCGGGUCCCAGAAGCUCUUCUCUCUGGGAGCAGGGGACAGGCAGCUGAUCCAGACCCCUCUGAGCAGCAACCUGCCCGUGACAGGGAAAAGUGUGGCUCUGCUCUUCCAGCAGCUGGGAAUCCAGAACGUGCUGAGCUUGUUUUGUGCAGUGCUGACAGAACACAAGGUUCUUUUCCACUCCACGAGUUACCAGAGGCUGGGAGAUGCCUGCCGUGCUCUUGAAUCCCUCAUGUUCCCUCUCAAGUACAGUUACCCGUACAUUCCCAUCCUGCCCUCACGGUUACUGGAAGUGUUGAGCUCCCCGACUCCCUUCAUCAUCGGGGUGCACUCCAUAUUCCAGAAUGAGAUCCAGGAACUGCUGGACGUUAUCAUCGCCGAUCUGGAUGGAGGAACCAUAAAGAUCCCAGAGUGCAUCCACCUGUCCCACCUCCCAGAGCCCCUCCUCCACCAGACCCAGACAGCGCUGUCUAUGGUUUUGCAUCCGGACCUUGAAAUAGCAGAUAACGCUUUCCCGCCAUCUCGCACAGCCUCUACCAACCUCAAACUGCUGGACAAGGAGGUGCGGGCCGUGUUCCUGCGGCUGUUUGCGCAGCUCUUCCAAGGCUACAGGUCCUGCCUGCAGCUGAUCCGCAUCCACGCCGAGCCCGUCAUACACUUUCACAAGACGGCCUUCCUGGGCCAGCGAGGCCUGAUCGAGAACGACUUCCUCGCCAAGGUGCUGGACGGCAUGGCGUUCGCUGGCUUCGUCUCCGAGAGAGGAUCCCCUUACAGGGCCUGCGAUCUCUUUGACGAGCUGGUGGCCUUUGAUGUGGAGCGCUUUAAAGAGGAGGAGGAGAGCCCGGCCAAGUUACAGAAGCGCAUCCGGGAGCUGUCCGAGCAGCUGUACAAGAAUGAGAACCCCAACCCUCACAUGGCCUUCCAGAAGGUUCCCCGGCCCACGGAGGGGUCCCACCUGCGGGUGCACAUCGUGCCCUUCCCCCUGCUGGACGAGGGCCGCGUGGAUGCCCUGGUGAAGGAGGGGCUGGCCAAGCACUAUGGUGCCCCCACUUGUGCCCGUGUUGAGAAGAAGUGUGUGGUUCCCGCCGGGCCGCCUGUGGCGUCGAUCAUGGGCAAAACGGGCACGAUCUUCAACAGCGCGCGGAGGCUGGAGGUGGUGAGGAGCUGCAUCGCUUUCAUCUUCGACAACAAGACCCUGGAGGCCGAGAAGACGCUCCCCGCCGCGCUCCGGGCCCUGAAGGGGAAGGCAGCCCGUCAGUGCCUGACAGAGGAGCUCAGCCAGCACAUACAGCAGAACCGGGCCAUCCUGGACCACCAGCAGUUCGACCACAUCAUCCGCAUGAUGAACUGUGCCCUGCAGGACUGCUCCAGCUCAGAGGAGUACACUAUCGCCGCUGCGCUGCUGCCCCUGACAACGGUCUUUUACCGGAAACUGGCACCAGGAGUGAACCAGUUUGCCUACACCUGCGUCCAGGACCACCCCAUCUGGACCAACCAGCAGUUUUGGGAGGCGACCUUCUACAGUGAGGUUCAAAAUCAGAUCAGAGCGCUGUACCUCAGUACACCAGAGAAUCAAACAGGAAUCACAGCCAAGCUAAAGGAGCGUGGCCCCCUGCCCCCUGCCCCCGCCUCGGACUCGGAGCGCACUGCGAUGGACCUGGCGGCGGAGCAGCUGCGUCUGUGGCCCAGCCUGGGCAAGGAGAAGCAGCAGGAGCUGGUGAAGAACGAGGAGAGCACCGUCUUCAGCCAGGCCAUCCACUAUGCCAGCCUCAUGGUCUACCUGCUGGUACCCCUGGACAGCAGCAAGAACAAGCUGCUGCGCUCUGCACCCACCGCUGACUGGGAGAGCGGCAGCAACAGCAUCGUCACCAACAGCAUCGCAGGCAGCGUGGCGGAAAGUUUUGACACCGAGAGCGGCUUUGAGGACUUCGAGAACAGUGACAUCGCCAACUCGGUGGCGAGGUUCAUUGCACGCUUCAUCGAUAAGGUGUGCACCGAGAGUGGGGUGACGCAGGAGCACAUCAAAAACCUGCACAGCAUGAUCCCAGGCAUUGUGGCCAUGCAGAUGGAGACCUUAGAGGCAGUGCACAGGGAGAGCAGGACCCUACCCCCCAUACAGAAGCCCAAGAUCCUGAGACCUCCCUUGCUCCCAGGGGAGGAAUUUGUGUUGGAGGGUCUGCGCGUGGUCCUGGACCCCGAUGGGAGGGAAGAGGCCACAGGGGGCCUCCUUGGGGGGCCCCAUAUCUUACCAGCUGAGGGUGCCCUCUUCCUCACCACCUACCGCAUCAUCUUUAAGGGCACCCCCCACGACCCCCUAGUGGGUGAGCAGGCAGUGAUACGCAGCUUCCCAGUCUCCACCCUGACCAAAGAGAAGAAGAUCACCAUCCAGAACCAGCUCCAGCAGAGCAUGCAGGAGGGCCUUCAGAUGAGGUCUGCCUCAUUUCAGCUGAUCAAGGUGGCUUUUGAUGAAGAAGUAAGCUCAGAGACAGUGGAGAUCUUCAAGAAGCAUCUUCAGAGGAUACGCUACCCGCAGUCCAUCUUCAGCAUGUUUGCCUUUGCCGCGGGACAGACCGUGCCCCAGCUCAUCCUCCCCAAACAGAAGGAGAGGAACACAGGAUUCCGCACACUUUCCAAAACCAUUGUAAAGGGGGCAAAGAAGGCAGGGAAAAUUACAAUUGGGCGUCAGAACAUGAUGAAAAAGAAUGAGAAAGGGAACCGCAUGACCUGGCACGAGGACGACGACAUCUCGGUGUCAGAUGAAGGAGAACUUCCCUCCAGCCCCACUCUAAAGUCCUCAGAGAAAUCUUCCAUGGAACAGCUUGUGGAGCGAGCCUGUUUCAGAGACUACCAGCGCCUGGGCUUGGGCACCAUCUCCGCCAGCUCCUCACGGUCCAAGAGCGGCGACAAGUUCCGCAUCACCGCCAUAAACAGGCUAUACUCGCUCUGCCGCAGUUACCCGGGCCUGCUGGUGGUGCCCCAGUCAGUCCAGGACAGCAGUCUGCAGAAGGUUGCACGUUGCUACCGCCACAACCGCCUGCCCGUGGUGUGCUGGAAACAUGGGCGAACCAAGGCCGUCUUGCUACGCUCCGGUGGCUUCCACAGCAAAAGCGUGGUGGGGCUCUUCAAGUCCCAGAACCCCUCCCCAGCAGCUCCUGUUUCAUCUUCGGACUCCUCCAGCAGUCUUGAACAGGAGAAGUACCUGCAGGCCAUAUUGAGUGCUGUUCCUGUCUAUUUCAAAAUGAACGGGAGUAACACUCUCACAAACCGCUCGCUCAGUGGCUUGUCCCCAGGCAGUGAAAGGCGAACAUCAAGAAUACCGAAAGUGGCCCCGGUCCACUUGGAUAUACCCUUCUCCAACAGCUUUGCCAGAGGAGUGCUUGGGUACAAGGAUAAGUUAUUCACUCACUCAAACCAAAAGUCUGCAGCUAAGGGAAGACUCCACAACCAAGGUGUGUGGGCCAGUCUUCGCUCCAGCAGCCGCUUCAGUCACAACGCAACUGCGACAGAGGUGGGGGCCAGGCUGGCAGGGAAGGAUGCAACACCCCCUGCUGGCAGUGAGAGCCUGCAGGCCCAGCUGCUCAAACAGCAGGCAGCCUUCUACAUCUUCGGGGAGAAGUCACACCUCAGAGGCUUCAAGAUGGAUAUGGCUCUGAACUGCGAGCUGGUGCCAGUGGACUUCGCUGACACCCGGCAGGUGAAAGGGGCCUUCAAGAAGCUGCUGCGGGCUUGUGUUCCCAGCUCCCCGCCCUCUGAUGGCCAGGACACAUUCCUCAAGGCCCUGGAGGAGUCUGAGUGGAUCACCCAGCUUCACAAGAUCCUGCAGCUGGCUCUGAUCCUAGUGGAGCUGCUGGACAGCGGGUCCUCAGUCAUGCUGAGCCUCGAAGAUGGAUGGGACAUCACAACUCAGGUGGUGUCCCUGGUCCAGCUGCUCAGCGAUCCCUUCUACCGGACCCUGGAGGGCUUCCAGGUGCUGCUGGAGAAGGAGUGGCUGUCCUUCGGCCACAAGUUCAGCCAGCGCAGCAACCUGACCCCCAGCAGCCAGGGCAGCGGCUUCACACCCAUCUUUCUGCAGUUCCUGGACUGCGUGCACCAGAUACACAACCAGUACCCCCUGGAGUUUGAGUUCAAUCAGCAUUACUUAAAGUUUUUAGCAUACCACUAUGUGUCAAACCGCUUCAAGAACUUCCUCUUGGACUCUGACUAUGAGCGCCUAGAGCAUGGCACAUUGUUUGAGGACAAGGGAGACAAGCAGGCCAAGAAAGGGAUCUGCCUCUGGGACUGCAUUAGCAGGAUACAUAGGAGAAGCCCACUAUUCUUCAACUACCUUUACAGCCCUUCUGAGUCUGAGCCGGUGCUCAAGCCCUGUGUCAGCAUUCCCAACCUGAGCAAGUGGGACUAUUUCACUGGGGAGACUUUGUCCAUCGGCCCCUCCUAUGAUUGGAGGAUGGUUGCUGGAAGGGCGGAGAGCACAGAGGAAGUAGACAGCAUCGCCACCAGCAAGAGGAGGAUUGUGUGGCCAUGCUACAGCAGCGUGGACCGUGCCCAGCCCGAUGCCAUCACCAAGCUGCUUGCUGACAUUGAGAGGCUGGAGGGGGAGCUGCACCAGUCCUCAGAGCAGUGGCAGGUCACACUGGAGAAAGUGAAGGCCAGUAUUAAGGAGGAUCUGAAGCAGGAGAGCAGUCUCUACAGACAGUCUGUGGCCAUCUCUGGCCUGAUACCCACCUCCAACCUGCAGGCCUACCAGCGCCGCUCCAUGCUACACCUGCCUGACCACAGCCUGGGAGAGGAUGGUGGCCCUGCUGCCUCAAACGGGGUGAACAGGAGAGCAGCCACCCUCUACAACCAGUUCACUCCAAAGAGUGAGGACAACCGGUCAUUUGAGGGUGUCCUGUUUAAACGAGGAGCUUUGCUGAAAGGGUGGAAACGUCGAUGGUUUGUUUUGGACAACACCAAACACCAAAUGAGGUAUUACGACACAGACGAAGACACCAACUGCAAGGGCCACAUUGACUUGGCUGAAGUGGAAUCCGUUGUUCUUGCCUCCCCCACCAUGGGGGCUCCAAAAAACAUCAGUGACAAGGCUUUCUUUGAUCUCAAGACAACCAAGCGCGUAUACAACUUCUGUGCCUCGGAUGCUCAGAGCGCUCAGCAGUGGGUAGACAAGAUCCAGAGUUGCAUCUCGGAUGCGUGACCCAGCCCCUGGACAGGCAUCACCAGAAGAGGAAGACAAGGCGUGGUGCAGUGUCUGACGGCUCUUCUGAAUCAUGCCCAAACACCUCCACAUGCCAGGAUCAACACCCCCUCUAGGGGGCAUGAGCACACAUUCGGGUGGAUUGCACUAACUGCAGAGACUUGUUCAUGAAAUACUUAAAAGGAGUAGCACUGGCCAUUUAAAACUUUGAACUCAAUCUAAAAAAAGGAAAAAACAAUUCAGGAAAAGUAAUGUCGAUGUUUUAGUAAAGGGAAGAAAGAAACAUACUGCUGCUUGUUGAACACAGAAGUAUGAACCACCAAAAAGGUCAAAUACUGUCAUAAAUGCACUAAAUAACAUGGCAAUAGUUUUGCACUUAAACCCGUAAUAAGCAUUCCAUAGGUUUUAGAUGACUACAGAAACACUAGUUAGGCAAAGGGAUUGCUUUAUAAUUAUGUACAUAUGACAGUUUUUUUGUAUUUAAGUAGAGGGGAAAAAACUUUGCACACUUAAGUUUGGCAUUUGUCUUGAUAUUUUUUUAAUUUCAAUAACUGAUUUAGUUUUUUUCCCCAGCACGUAUUUGUAAAUGUAAAUUUACUUACUUUUAACCUUGUUUCCCAGUGUUGUACA